CACUAAGCGAACGUUCUUUUAAUCACACCCCCCACCCAUAAGCCAAAAUUAAAGAGCCACAGCUUUAGAACAACCCAUUCUUGAUGGCGGAGCUACCGCCUCUCCACCGCCUCAACUAGGGUUUCCUAGCUCCAGAUUCUUCCACCAAUGGCGGAAAAACCCGCCGCCGCAGCCCCCAGCACGCAGAAGACCAAGAAGGAGGCGCAAGCUCUCCUCCUCGGCCGCUACGAGAUCGGGAAGCUCCUCGGCCACGGAACCUUCGCGAAGGUCUACCACGCUCGGAACGUGCAAACCGGGGAGGACGUGGCGAUCAAGAUCAUCGAUAAAGAGAAGAUCCUGAAAGUCGGCUUGAUUGCGCAUAUCAAGCGCGAGAUCUCGAUCCUCCGCCGCGUCCGGCACCCCAACAUCGUGCAGCUCUUCGAGGUCAUGGCCACGAAGACCAAGAUCUUCUUCGUGAUGGAGUUCGUGAAGGGCGGCGAGCUCUUCAACAAGGUCGCCAAGGGCCGCCUCAAGGAGGAGGUCGCCAGGAAGUACUUCCAGCAACUCAUCUCUGCCGUCGGGUUCUGCCACGCCCGCGGCGUCUACCACCGCGAUCUGAAGCCGGAGAAUCUUCUCCUCGACGAGAACGGCGACCUCAAGGUCUCGGACUUCGGCCUCAGUGCCGUCUCUGAGCAAAUCCCCCAUGACGGGCUGUUCCACACGUUCUGCGGCACGCCAGCGUACGUCGCCCCGGAGGUUCUCGCCCGGAAGGGCUACGACGCAGCCAAAGUCGAUAUCUGGUCGUGCGGCGUCAUACUCUUCGUGUUGAUGGCGGGAUAUUUACCAUUCCACGAUCAGAACAUCAUGUUUAUGUAUAAAAAGAUCUAUAAAGGCGAAUUCCGAUGCCCGCGUUGGUUCUCGCCGGAAUUGGUCCGGUUGCUGACCCGUCUUCUGGAUACGAACCCGGAAACCCGGAUCACGAUUCCGGAGAUAAUGAAGAAUAAAUGGUUCAAAAAGGGGUUCAAGCAUAUCAAAUUCUAUAUCGAGGACGACAAAUUGUGCAGCGUUCCCGACGUCGUGGACGAUGCGGGCUCCGAGUCCGACCAGUCAUUGUCCGAAUCAGAUUCGGAAGUCGAGUCCCGGCGGCGUCUCGCUACUCUGCCCCGGCCAGCGAGUCUGAAUGCGUUCGAUAUCAUAUCGUUUUCGCCUGGAUUCGAUUUGUCGGGAUUGUUCGAGGAGGGAGGGGAAGGGGGAAGGUUUAUUUCGGGCGCGCCGGUGUCGAAUAUCGUAUCCAAAUUGGAGGAGAUUGCAAAGGUUGUGAGCUUCACGGUGAGGAAGAAGGAUUUCAGAGUGAGUUUGGAGGGUUCGAGGGAAGGAGUAAAGGGGCCAUUGACGAUUGCAGCGGAGAUAUUUGAGUUAACGCCGUCGUUGAGAAUGGUUGAGGUGAAGAAGAAAGCAGGGGAUAGAGGCGAGUACGAAGAGUUCUAUAACCGCGAAUUGAAGCCCGGCUUGCAGAACCUCAUCGCUGAAGAAUCGGCGGCGGCGUCCCCUUCGCAUGAUUCAUCACCUUUGCUUUUGGAUGCUUCACAUUUGUCGCAGGAUCCUUUAACAUUGCUGUCGAAUACUUCUUAUUUGCCUUCGGAUACUGAGUAAAGAGAAAGAGAAAAGGAUUGGCCGGUUCUUGCCAAAUUUGAAGCAGAUGGCCUAUCUCCGUAUGAGCGGUUGUGUGGAGAAUAAAUUUGACACAGAGAGAAGUUGCUUGUCUAGUGGGAAUCCAGAGAGACCGGUAAAAAUUGGCAACAAGCUGGAGCCUUGGCUGCAUAUCUUGGGGUGAGUCUUCUGCGUCUUCAUGGGAAUGAAGAGAGGAUGGUAUGUUCUGUCCGUAUCUUUUUUCUCUCCGUCUAGACUUCUCUAGGAAGCCUUAAACUUAAAUUUUCUGGCUCUUUCGUGCAUGCUCUGAACUUAGAUUUGGACUUUUUUAGAUAAUCUUGUUGAAAGAUCUCUUUAGAUCAUCCAUGUACAUAUUCUUUUAGAGGAUAAAUGAGAGACAGAGAAAUAGAAGAGUAUGCUUUCUUA